AUGGCCACCACAGCCGCUUCCGGUCGGGCAGCAAAGCUCGAAAAGCUUUUUCACUCCUUCAUCAACGGCGAGCGCACCCUCCAAAGCUCGCAAGAAGCCAAGCAAUUCUUCGAAGCAGUCGAUGUUGUGUGCCAGCGAACCUCUGCCGCCGCCUGCGUUGAACGCAUGCUUGCGCGAAAAGAAGGAUUGAGUGCUGUGAGAGCAGCCGUUCGAUCCAACUUGUCCCAUGCUUUUGUCACGGCUUCAACUGUUGGAUUUCUCAAGCAAGUCCUGCAUCCUCAAGUCAAGACCAUCAAUGAUGGACUGUUCCUUGAGAAACUGCUGGUUGAGAUCCUCUCCCCUCCAACUUUUUGGAAUGCGUUUCUGGAGUUGUACAAGUCGAAUCAGCUCAAUGGCGAGAGCUUGAUCGCCUUUGCGUCUCUUUCCUACGAGAUCGCGGCUUCUUCUACGCCCGAGAUCCAGGCUCUCUCCCAGGACGUGGAGGCUUUGAUGAAAAGCCUCCCCUUGACAAAGUCGCCAUCUGAAGAGGUUCGCACCCUCGGCUACCGCAUUGAAAAAGUCUUGCAGCUUCGCAAGGGCUCUGCAACUGCGUCUAUUCGUGUGAAUUACAGCCCCGGCGGCAGACAUGACAAUGACUUUGAGGACUUCCGUCAGAUAGCCAUCUUUCCGACUGCGGACGAAGUGUCUUCAAAGGAACAGCCGUUUCUGCAACGACUCGACGACGUCUUUGAGGCGCCAAGGGAGUCGCGAGCGAGGUCUUACACGGACUGGCUGUUUCGUCUCCUCCGUGAGGAUAUGCUUGCGGACCUCAGAGAGGACUUGCAGAUUGCAUGGGGACAGAAAAAGGCCAGAUACAAGCCGCUCUGCUUGGGUUGCCUGAGUCUGAUCCUCGAGCCGCAGUCGUUGCCCAACAACAAUCGUUCCAGGCCCUUCACAUUGAUGCUUCAGUGUCGCGACGGGAUCGCCUUUCCGAAGAAAUUCAAGUCUCCUCAUGAAAAAAAGAAGUACCUGGACGAUAACAGAAACUUUGUCAAGCACGGUUCUAUCGGCGCGCUUUGUAUCGACAAGAACAUUAUUUCUUUCGGCUCAAUCGUCCGAGAGUUGGAUUGGCUGAUCCGAGAUCCUCCUGUUGUUGGCCUCCAAGUCACCGACAACGUCGGAUUGAAGCUGGCGGUAAAGGCACUGUUGGGACAGGACCGUGGUCGCCUCAAGUUCUACGUCGUUGACACCGCCACAUUCUCCUAUGAGCCGAUCCUACAGCGCCUGAAGGAGGUUGCUGAGAUUCCGGUCGAGGACUCCAUUCUCGAUCCAGCAGGACCGCCAGCAGCCUACUACCCUCCACCCAGGCUGCAAGCUUUCAUCCAAGUUUUGAAGUCUGCCCAGCGGAGGAAUGAAGCGGUCGAUUUGGGUGACACCCUGGGCAGCAGCCUCCGUAUCCAGAUCCGUGACGCGCAACUUCACUCGCUCGUCAAGGGCCUCGAGAACCCCGUUGGCCAGAUUCAAGGUCCGCCAGGAACAGGAAAAUCCUUCAUUGGGGCGAUUAUUGCGCGAGUCCUCAUGGAGCUGACGGACUACCGCAUACUGGUCCUCAGUUACACUAACCACGCGUUGGACGAGUUUCUUCACGACCUCAUGAAGAUUGGCAUCAAUGGUAGCAACAUGGUCCGCAUCGGCUCAAAGGCUACCACCCAUACGGAACACUUGAAACUCGACGCUCUCGCAAAAUUCUCCCUUAUAAGCUAUGAAGUCAGGGGCCUGUUGGAUAUUGCCAAGCUAGCACAGCAAGAAGCUCGCGACAAACUAGAAGACCUCAUGGGAAACCUUCAAACUCAAGUCCGUCAUCAAGAUGUCUUGGACAUGCUAGAGUUUUCCGACUUUGGAACGAGUCUCUGGAGCGCGUUCCAGAUCCCCGACGACAUGGCCAUCGUGGGAAAGAAUAACAAGCCCCUAGAGCCCGUUGAUGUUUAUGAUGCUUGGCUCCAUGGAAAGCACUGGUCAAGUAUGGGCAUGCUUGGCCAAGUGAUGGGUGAAGAACACAAGGUAGUUUGGGACAUUCCGCCACCCACCAGAACCGCUCUCCAUAUGCAAUGGACCAGCCAUGUCAGGCAGGAGCAGAUAGACGAGUUUGCUCAGCUGGCUGAGACCUGCGACAGCCUCUACCGACAGAUUGACAGUCUCUACAAGGAAAGCAAGAGGAAAAUUGUCAAGGAGAAGCGAAUCAUUGGCUGCACUACCACGGGAGCAGCCAUGUACCAGUCCAUCAUCAGAGCGGCCAGUCCAGACAUUGUUCUGGUCGAGGAAGCGGGCGAAAUCCUCGAGGCUCACAUCAUCACGUCUCUCGGCCCUUCCGUGAAGCAGCUUAUCCUUAUCGGUGACCACAAGCAACUUCGUCCCAAGGUUAACAACUACAACCUGACUGUCGAGAAGGGGGAGGGGUUUGACCUCAACGUGUCACUCUUCGAACGCCUCAUCAGGCAAGGUCAUGACUUCGCCGCUCUGGAGGAGCAACACCGCAGCCAUCCAGACAUCUCGCAGUUUGCGCGCCUCCUGGCGUAUCCGGAAUUGAAGGACGUACCAAAGACGAGCAGCUAUCCACCGAUACGUGGGCUUCAGAAGAGAGUCGUCUUCGUACAUCAUGAGCAUCCGGAGGAGCAGCUGGACAGUGUCCGCGACCGGCGUGAUCCAUCCUCCAAAGCCAGCAAGAAGAACAUAUUCGAAGCCGAAAUGGUCCUGAAAACAGUAAAGUAUCUGAGUCUACAGGGCUACAAGUCGGAGAACAUGGUCGUCCUGACUCCGUACAUGGGCCAGCUGGCAUUGCUACGAGACAUGAUGAAGGAAAGCGUGUAUCUGAACGAACUAGACACUCACGAGCUUGUUCGUGCCGGGCUGAUGACGCAGGCAGCUUCCAAGGCAGCAAAGUCAAAGCUGCGCCUGUCUACGGUGGACAAUUAUCAAGGAGAAGAGAGCGAUAUCGUGAUUGUAUCAAUGGCCCGAAGCAACAAGAACGGCGACAUUGGCUUCUUGGUUGCUCGCGAGAGACUAGUUGUUCUCAUGUCACGAGCAAGACAAGGAAUCAUUCUGUUUGGUAACAUGAAGACAUUCAUGGCAAACAAAAAGGGCCAAGAGCUCUGGAAAAACUACUUUGAUGCCAUGAAAGACAAGGGAUUCCUGUUUGAUGGCUUGCCGGUCUACUGCGAGCAACAUCCGGACCGUCAGUCUCUUCUGCAGAAACCGCAAGAUUUCGACCAGCACUGCCCUGACGGCGGCUGUGCAGAAACAUGUGGUGCUACCCUUGGAUGCGGCAAACAUACCUGUGAACGCAGAUGCCAUCGAGAGAAGAAUCACUCACAAGUCGCCUGCACGAAGAUGAUGCAGAAGAUUUGCGAACGCGGCCAUAAGAUGAAGUAUCCGUGUGGAAAAGUCAACCUGGGCUGCAAGACCUGUGCAAAGGAAGAUGAAGAUACUCGGCGGAGGAUACAGCGGGAUAUAGACAUGGAGAAGAAGAGACAGGAGCGACAAGACAAAUAUGCUCGCGAUUUGCAGGAGAUGGAGGAUGAGAUUGAUCAUCACCGAAGAGUCAUGAAGUACCAGCAAGAAGAGGAAGAUCACGCAAAGGAGCUCGCUGAGAAGAAGGCGCAACUACAGAGACUCAGGGACACAAAGGCCAGAAUGGAAGCAUCAAAAGCCGCAGCGGAAGAACAAAAGAAGAAGGCCUCCGAGGAACAGGGACAGAAGAGCAAAGAGACGCCUGACUUCCUGACUCUCGACCCUGCAGCACAGGAGUGGGAGACGAUGAAGCGUGAGGAUGGAGCCAAAAGCGCCGCAUUGGAUGAUCUCAUGGGGCUCAUCGGCCUGGAGUCGGUGAAGAGGGAGUUUCUCUCGAUCAAAUCGACUGUCGAUACGCAGAUCCGUCAAGGCGUGGCUCUCACAGAUACGCGACUCAGCUGCUCACUGCUCGGAAACCCUGGGACAGGCAAGACAACCGUGGCGAGAAUCUACGGAAGAUUUCUUACCGAAACGGGAGUCAUCCCCGGCGAUGCCUUUGAAGAGACUACAGGAUCGAAGCUCGCUAACAAAGGCGUCAAGGGCUGUGAAGACCUGCUAGAGAAGAUCAAGGAGAAUGGAGGCGGCGUCUUGUUCAUUGACGAAGCAUACCAGCUGUCCUCUGGCAACAGUCCUGGCGGCGUGGCAGUCUUGGACUAUCUCCUUGCUGAGGUGGAAAAUCUUCGAGGCAAGAUUGUCUUUGUUCUUGCGGGCUAUUCAAAGCAGAUGGAGUCCUUCUUUGCACACAAUCCUGGCUUCCCGAGUCGCUUCCCCAUCGAGAUGCGCUUCAACGAUUACGAAGACGAGGAGCUGCUGCGGAUCCUCAAGCGCCAGGUCAACCGCAAGUACAGAAACAAGAUGGAAGUGGAAGACGGACCAGACGGCCUCUAUUUCCGGAUUGCUGCUCGGCGAGUCGGACAAGGACGGGGCAAAGAAGGAUUCGGCAACGCCCGCGCAAUGGAGAAUUACCUGGCGAGGAUCGAGAAGAGGCAGGCAAACAGAUUCCAAUUGGAGCGUCGAGCGAAAAAGACCCCCAAUGACUUCUUGUUCACAAAGGAAGACAUUAUCGGCCCUGAACCAUCGCUGUCGUUGCAGAAUUGCGAGGCGUGGAAGAAGCUGAAUGGCAUGAUUGGACUGAAAGAGGUCAAGGAGCAAGUCAAGAUACUGCUCGACUCGUUGACCACCAACUACCAGCGUGAGCUCGCUGAGGAGCCCUUGAUGCAGUUCACUCUCAACCGAGUCUUCCUCGGGAAUCCCGGAACAGGCAAGACGACCGUGGCCAAGCUCUACGGAGAGAUUCUGGCAACUCUUGGCCUCCUGUCUAAUGGAGAGCUAGUGGUCAAGACUCCCGCAGACUUCAUCGGCGCUCACCUGGGUCACUCGGAAUCUCAGACAAAGGGCAUUCUCGCAGCUACUGUUGGCAAGGUGCUCGUGAUUGACGAGGCGUACGGCUUAUACGGAGGCAAAAGCUCAAUCAACGACCCUUACAAGACGGCUGUUAUCGACACAAUCGUUGCCGAAGUCCAAAACGUGCCUGGAGAUGAUCGCUGUGUGAUUCUCAUCGGCUAUCAGGAACAGAUGGAGGAGAUGUUCCAGAAUGUCAAUCCGGGCUUGAGUCGACGGUUCUCGGUAGAUACGCCAUUUGUCUUUGAAGAUUUUGAUGACGACGGUCUUCGACAGGUCCUCGACUUGAAGCUGAAGACGUCUGGCUUCACAACUACCGGAGAAGGCAAGAGAGCUGCGCUCGAUGUGCUCAUCAGAGAACGCAACAGAGCCAACUUUGGCAAUGGAGGUGCCAUCGAGAACCUGCUGAGCAAAGCAAAAUCUUCCUACCAGAAGCGGCUUUCGGCUGGAAAGUGCAAGAAGAGGAGCCAGCUCGAAGCAGAAGACUUUGACGAGGACUUUGACAGGACAACGAGAAAGGAUACAAACGUGCGGCAGCUCUUCCAGGAUGAAGUUGGUCGUGAGGACAUCAUCAAGAAGCUUGAGCACAUCCAGUCGCGGGUGAGGCAACUAAAGGCCGUCGACAUGGACGUCAAGGAGGAGAUUCCGUUCAACUUUUUGUUCAGAGGUCCGCCAGGUACGGGAAAGACGACGACGGCGAGAAAGAUGGGCAAGGUAUACUACGACAUGGGCUUCCUUUCCAAGGCUGCCGUGGAAGAAUGCUCAGCCACGGAUCUGAUCGGGGAGUAUGUCGGUCAUACGGGGCCAAAGGUCCAAAAAGUGCUCGAGAAAGCCCUCGGAAGGGUGCUGCUCAUCGACGAGGCGUAUCGAUUCGCCGAGGGCAAGUUCGCGAAAGAAGCGAUUGAUGAGAUUGUCGACUGCGUUACCAAGCCCAAGUAUCAAGGAAAGCUCAUCAUCAUCCUGGCGGGAUACGAGCACGACAUCAAUCGGCUCUUGUCCGUGAACCCCGGACUGACGAGCCGCUUCCCCGAGACCAUCGACUUCAAGCCACUCAAGCCAGAUGCCUGCUUCCGGCUCUUGGCCGAUCUUUUGCGCAAGAGGAAAACGGAGCUCGCGAGUAAGAGUAAAGGCAAGGACAUGGACAUUAGCUGUUUGGAGACUCCGUCUGCAUUGUUCCUCAGCAGGUGUACAGCCAUAUUUACGUCGCUGACCCAAGUCGAAGGAUGGGCCAGCGCGCGAGACGUCAAACAGCUCGCCAGGAACGUCUUUCACACGGUGGACUUGACGGCGGCUGUGCUCAAAGUGGAAGACAAAAAGGUCAUUCAGGAGCUCAACAAGAUGCUACGCGACCGGCAGUCCAAGAUGGUCAAAUCGGGCGGCCCUAUUGACAUGGAUGACAUGGCCGAUUCUUCGUCUACGCCUCCCAAUUCGGGUCUUCCCAGUAUGAGUGGUUCGAAUACGCAGACGCAGCAAGGCCCAAGCGGCAACGAUCCUAUGGACAUUGACGACCCCUCGGAAGAGGCCACUCCGGCACCUGAAUCGCCAGACGAUGAAUCCAAGCAAGUGACUCGAGAUGCGGGCGUAAGCGACGAAGUCUGGGAGCAAUUAGAACAAGACAAGGCGGCAGCAGCACAGAUCAAGGAGGAAGAGCGUCGCAAGUUGGAGGAGGAGAGGAAGAAGGCGGAGGAAGAACGAGAGAGGAUUCUGCGGCAGCUGGUUGAGCAGGAGGAGCGUCGCAAGGAGGAGGUCAAGAAGCUGGCGAAGAUCCGCGCGCUUGGGAUUUGCCCUAUGGGCUUCAAUUGGAUCAAACAGGGUGAUGGAUACCGGUGUUCUGCUGGAGGGCAUUACUUGUCCAACGCUGAGAUUGAUAGGUUGUGA